UCUCUCAAACCAAAACUCCCAUUAAUCUUUCAGUUACAAAUACCUUAUCCUCUCUCUAUCCUCAACAACAAUCCCCCAAACUUCUUCUUCAAUUCCCUCUUCAUGGCUUGUGAAAUUGAAGGUGUCAGAUAUGAAGAGGAAUUCAUACUGAAUUCUAGAGGAGUGAAGCUAUUCACUUGCAGAUGGCUGCCUGCAAAUUCUGAACCAAAAGCUUUGAUCUUUCUCUGCCAUGGCUAUGCCAUGGAGUGCAGCAUCUCUAUGAAAGGGACAGGAACAAGGCUAGCAAAGGCAGGAUUUGCAGUAUAUGGGAUGGAUUAUGAAGGACAUGGAAAAUCAUCUGGGCUUCAUGGUUUUGUCCCUUGUUUUGACCAUCUUGUCACUGACUGCUCUGAUUAUUACUCUAGCAUCUGUGAAAGAAAGGAGAACAUGAACAAGUUGAGAAUAGUAUUGGGAGAAUCCAUGGGAGGAGCAGUGGCUCUUCUCUUGCACAGGAAGAAGCCAACUUUCUGGGAUGGUGCCAUCUUGGUUGCACCCAUGUGUAAGAUAGCAGAUGACAUGAGGCCACAUCCAUUGGUGAUUAGUGUAUUGACAAAACUCUGCCGUUUCAUUCCAACAUGGAAAAUCAUCCCUGCUCCAGAUAUUGUUGAUGUUGCCUUCAGAGACCCUCAAGUACGAGAGGAGAUUCGAUCAAACCCUUAUUGCUACAAAGGCCGAUUUCGCCUACAAACGGGCAAUCAACUUUUGAAUGUCAGCUUAGAUCUCGAGCAAAGACUUCAAGAGGUUUCAUUACCAUUUCUAGUCCUCCAUGGGAGCGAAGACAAGGUGACCGAUCCAUCAGUAAGCAAGCUUCUGUAUGAAUCAGCUUGCAGCACAGACAAGAGCUUCAAGUUGUAUCCAGAGAUGUGGCAUGCCCUCACCUAUGGUGAGUUACCAAAGAACAUCGACAUCGUGUUUUCCGACAUCAUUUCAUGGUUGGAUGACAAAAUUUCCAUCACAAACUCAAGGCUGGAGCAUGAACAAAAGCUUGACAAUGAUGACUUGCUCAAAGCCAAAGACACUCUUUUAGAGACUACUUUGGCUUGAAUUGAGUUGUCAAGGAAAAUGAAACAAAAUUGAUCAUAGAAGUGGGUAUAACACUCUCAAAUAAGAUAGGUUAGAUCUUUUGUGCAUCCUAUACCAUGUGAGAGAAUUGUAUUCCAAUUCUGUAAUUGAUUUCAGUUUAAGUAGAAGAAUUAUUGAUUAUAAGAAGGGGGUGGUGAAUAAAUGGCAUGUUAGGGCCUGAUAUGAGUAUGAUAUGAUAUGAUCUGUCUUGGCUCCUUUUGGCUAGGAUAAUGUUGAUAGACUAGACCUAAGAAGUUUUGUAAAUAGCCUCAAAUGAAAAGUUUGUACUAUCAAAUUCAAUUUAAUUUAA